AACGAAAAGCUGUGUAAGUUCGUGCGUCUUGGAAUAGAAAUAAUUUGUAUUUUACAAAUUAUUUCACAACAUUGACAUAACGUGCAAUGUCAAAUGCUGUCAAUUGAGUCUGAGAACAGUUCUUGUGCACUCAGCUGAGCUAACAAAAUUUCCAAUUGCAAGUUAUAAAUACUUAAAAGUAUUUGAAUUUAUAAAUUAAAUAAAUGUCAAUUAAAUUCAUUGUAUGAAAAAAGACAAUAGUUGCGAAAUAAAGUAUUUGAAAUUCCACAUUUAAAGCGUGUUAAUGGCAGCAAAAGAGAACGAUAUGGAUUAUCUAUUAGAGCGGCAACAGCUGACAAGUGACAAGCCGGCUUCACGAAUGGGUGCCACAAAUUUGGUUAAGCUCGUAAAACAGCUUAUAAAAGAAAAGCAAUAUGAGGGUGUUGCACUUUUGUUUACCAGCGAAACAGAAUCUGAGCGUAAUCUGGAAUGCCUUAAGACCGUUGGCAGUGAUCUGUAUCAUGAUGUUUGUGUGCCUAAUAUGACAACGGAAAUUCACGACAAACAACUCCCAUUGUACAAUUGUUCGGAGGAGUUAUUAUAUUUAAUUGCAAAGUACGGUCCAAUGGAGGAACUAUUGCUCGAACUGUUGGAGCUGAUUGAAGAACAAAAGUCAGAGUAUGUAUUCUCUUCAUCAUUGCGUGCCUUACAAGCAGUAUUACUACGAAUGGGUGAGAAGAAACCCCGUGCACUUGAAUGGAGUUUGAAUUCAAUACACACGCGUAUUGAAGGUUUGCCACUGCCAAAAUAUCUACAAGAAGGCUAUGACAAAAAGCAAGAGCGGCUACUUGAGCAAAAUGCAGAAAUUGAAAAAUUAUUGAUGCAUUAUAUCACAUUAAAUCUCUUCUACGAGCCACUAUUGAAUGACGUGCUCUCCCAGCAACGUUCAUGUGAUCAACAAUUCUUCGAUACGAGUAUAAAUAGACGUAAUGUACUUUGCUGUUUCUUAAUACAAAUGCUUGGAAAGCCUUUAGCGCUAUUGGAUUUGACAGCCGAUGAUCGUAAGACGAAUACGUAUACCAUACAAUGUGCACGCAAAUUAACUGAAAGUGCCACUGGUUGCUUGGUAGAUCCACUACGUGUACUUUCCGUAGGUGAGCAACGUGUACGUUAUAAACGACGAUUGGACAGCGAGAAAGGAGUACAAGAAAUGAGUUCAAACAAUAUAUUUCUUAUAGAAGAAAAACUACCUUUAGACGCUUUGUCAAUUUAUUUUUACAUGUUGUUUGUGGAAGAGAUUAGUUUGGAUAGUGUGCCAAAAAUUUAUUCACCACUUUACAUAUUCGAAUCAUGUUUGUAUUAUGUUAACGAAUUAUUGGCUCAUGAGGCACCUCCAUUACAUGAACGUGCUCUAUUGCUGGCAAAACGAUUGUGUGACAAACUUUCAUCCACCCAGAUUUCUGCUAACUCCUUGCAGCUGGAGGUGCACAAGAAUUUUUGUAAUUCUCUCUGCAACAUAGUUGGUUAUUCAACGCAAAAUUUCUUGCGGCAAAUCGGCGUUAAACUCCUACGCCAGUAUAUACUACAGUUUGAUGAUGAGGGUAAAUAUUUGGUGUUAAAGAAUCUUCUACGCACAGUAACGCACCAUGGCAUCUCCGGCUACCUGGCUAUAUUGUAUAAAGAUCUUGUUGCAAAUGCAUUAGUUUCCGCCACAACCGAUCUGCCGUCAUCCUUCUCUGGCAAGGAUUUCCACACAAUCUUCUUACAAUACAUAUGCCGCCUACCACACGGCGCAAAAACUGACCUUAUCGAGCAUGCCGACAAAUUGAUUUCCACGCUGAACGCUUUACGAUUUUUCGCCAUUAAAGAUUUACACAAUCGCACUGGACUCUGGGAUAUAAUGCCGGAAAUCGAGAAACAAUUCCUUGAGCCGCUGCGUAAAGGUUUGGAUAUAUCUGUCGCACAUUACAAAGCCGAGUUAAAACGUGUAGAAUGUGGAUUAGAUGCCGAAGCAGAGGCGGAGGAACGCAAAAAUUUAGAAAUCUUGGAUAUAAACAUAGCAAAUGCUACAUCUGAAAGUGGAAAAUUGGAUGCACAAUUGACGCGUCAACGUAAAACUGAAAUACUGAACCAAAAUUUGUGUACUUUCGAUUUGAUACGAAGUCUCCUAGGACGCACAGUUGAAUGCGUUGAAAACGCGAAUAGAAUGUCGAAAAUCACCGCGAUCUAACAUAGUUAUUUUCAUGUGUAUUAUUUAUAAAAAAAUCAAAAAUAAAAUUAUUAUUUCAAUUCUAAAAUUUUAA